UUCUGAUAAGCCUGCAGACAACAUAUCCAGCAACCAGCCAGCAACCAUCCAUCCAACCAACCAAUCAACCAUCCAACCAACCAACCAACCAACCAUCCAACCAACCAGCAGCCAAUCAGGCGUCUCCAUCUUCAGGUCAUGGCGUCCACUAGUUUGCUGUUCCUGCUGUUGAUGUCGUCCUCCCUCUUCAUCUCCACCUUCUCUCAGCCACCCCCUCGGAACCAGCUGGCCAGAGGUUCUCCACAGAAAAUCAACAAAGCCAAAGAAGGUGCUAAAGCUGUGGGCAAGUUUAUCCUUCAGAGCAUCAGUGAACUCAGGUUCACGCUGACCCCUUUUCUGGCGUUGAUUCCUGUUUGGGGACCGCUGAUCAGUGCCAUGGUCAACAUGGGUCUGGUGGGAGUGUCAGUGAUCAACAACAACGUCAAUAACAAACCGAUACUCGAAGCAAUCAUAUCUGAAUUAGACAGUAUCAGAUCCACGAUGAAGGAGCAUCACCUGGAGCAUAAAUGGGACACCUGGGCGGCCGGAGCUUACCACAAACCUGAGAUGGACAUUAACCUGGCCUGGGACCGUUACUUAACGCUAGCAAGAUCUCUGCUGCAGGCAAGAAGUGACAGUGAAAACAAGAGACAUAUCAGUGAGUUUGUUAACUACUACGAAAAGUACCUGGAUGCCACCAACACUUUGCGCAGGCUGCUGACAGCUAAAGGUGCGACCUUCGUUUACAACCUGGGAGACUUGUUGGCUCAACACGUUAAAUGUCAUGACAGGGAAAUCCGAGAAUACACCGUAUUCAUUAAUCAACUUAUCUGCAAGGGCAACACCAUGAAUCAGUUCUUCUACAAAAUGAAGGGCACAGGCUCUCCAGCUAAGGAUGAAGAAGCAGCUAGGAUCGCAUACGAAGCCGCCGACGUCAUGUUCCAGGUCCAGAUGGCCUGCAUGGAGAACAGCGAGGACUACGUUAAAAAGGACAUAGAGGCGCUCAUUGACAAAACCAAAAAGCGUGAUGUCCUGGCAAACGAAGUGCAAGCUUUUCUGGAGAAAACUUACGACAGGUAUGACUGGAUGGUGGUCGCCUACAUAACCAAAAAUUCAGGUCAUAAAAUACUUGAAACCCUGAACAAACACACCAUGACAGAUUUCUAUACUUUUGCUCAGAGACAGGGAAUUAGCGUCGCUGUAGCCAGGCAGGUGAAGGGCACUCAUACCAUGUUUAACAACAUUGUAGAGGCCAUCAGGAGAUGCUUCCCAAAGCAACCUGUGUGCUACAAGGUGGCAGAGGAACUCAGAGUGUGUCGACAAGGUGUGGGUCAAGGUAUUCCAGUGUCUGAUGCCAUCACAGCAGUUCAUGCCUACACCAGCGAACCCCACGACAGCUUCAAAGCCAAUAAAGCAUCUUACUACGUCGACAUCAGCAGAAGCCGAGGCCAGACUCCCUUCAUUUAUGAAGGGGACUGUCAGAAAUCCAAAGGUAUUCGAGGUGGCAAGUUUGCUGUUUUGAUUAAAAGUAACGAAGAAAUAUUCAACAAACAUCCCUGUGCCAAGCUCAACUGUGGAGGCAACCAAAGAGGCCGCUGUAUCGAGGUGCAGGGCAUCAAUGUGGGGAUCUGUCGCUGUAAGAUGCCAUUCUACGGCCGCAACUGUGAGAGCAGCUUAGUAGAUUACAAGAGUUUCUUAGAGCAACAGAGUGGAUUACAAGUGGUGGACCACAGGACCCGGAACAGACCUCGGUUCUGAUGCACUUAGGUGUCUGAAGGCUGUUUUCCACUUCAGGAAGUUGUUUUAGGGCCAUUUUGGUGUGGCUGAACCUUUCAGACUGCAAGAACUGCCCUUAUCGAACCUCUAUCAGGCCUGUUUAAGGUUGGACAUAGCAUUUGUUCUGACUGCAAGAAGUAUCCCUGUAGAUUCUGAUGUUGAGAUCCACCCUUUAGAAUCUCUGUCAGGCCUUUUUUAGUGUGGCUCCCAAAACGAGCUUUUGGGAACCUUUUAACCGAACCAUGUAGAAGCUCUUUCACUGCUAUUUUCAGGGGCAGAAAUGUGUCUCUUGCAGGUACCAACCUUUAUAGUUGUGUUUCCUUCAUAGAACCAGAGUUCUGUCCAGUAGCUGCUGUUUGUUCUGGUCUGUCAGAGCAGAGGUAACAUGAAGCUCUUGAUCCGACAGCAGAAACAGAAACAACAAUUCCUCACACCUGAAACAAGUUCCUGCAGUGGAAAUGUCCUGAGGUCUCCUGAUAUCUUUAAUUUUUUUUAGCUUCAUAUUAAUAUUUCUGCAACUAAUGAUGUAUACACUUCAGAACAGCAGCAAUAGAAUUAGUGUCCAUGUAAGGGCGAUGCAGAGACGACCUCCAAGUCCAUCAACUUAUAAGUUAAUCAACCUUGGUUCAAAGGCACACAAAAGCUGGAACAUAAAUCUAAAAAAAAUUUGUCUAAUCUUAUCGUAAAUGUAUAUUUCUUCAUCUCAGACUCCAGCAAACAGACAUUUUUUAAAGUUUUUGGAUAUUUCCCAGACAAAUAAUCAUUCAUAAAAUAUUAAUCGAUCAUGUUUAGUAAAUGUGCAAAUUAUGCACAUUUACAGCUUUGUUAUUGUUUUGGGGGGUUAGACUAGAAUAUUUAUCUGCUGUAAUGGUCAGAAACAUAUGAUUUUUAAAAGAUCUCUGCAGAAAGAAGCCAAAGAUCAGAAUGUGGGCUCCUAGAGCCACGUGUUGAUUUGGACAUAUAAGCAGCAGCAUCGUCUGCAUACAGACAUAUGAAGUUGAUGCAUUGUCAGUUCUAAGGUGGAGCUGAGCUGUAACGCAAACUGCAAAGUGAACAGAGCCUUUGUCCUCAGACUGGAGGGACCAUUUACUUCACAUCUAAAAACUUUAUUCACUUCUGUUGCAAACUUCAGCUGAGAAAGAAAAUCUGAGAGUUAUUCAAAGACGUGACAUCAACAAAUCUGUUAGUGAAUUGUAUGGAUGUAAAAUCAGGGUGAUGUGAUUUCUGUAAAUGCUGAACUCCUCCUUCACUAUGAUCUGACUGGACAGAGUUUAAACCACCAACCAGCUUUUCCUGCUUCCAGCUUCUGUCCGCAUUUUGCUGAAUAAUAAAACUUCACUUUCACCGUCA